AUGCCCAACGUCUCCACGGUGAGAGAAUUCCUCCUGCUGGGAUUCUCGGAGAUCCGGGAGCUGCAGCUGGUCCACGCCGCCCUGUUCCUCUUGGUCUACCUGGGGGCCCUGACGUGGAAUCUCCUCAUUGUCGCCGUCACUACCCUCGACCGGCGCCUCCACACUCCCAUGUACCUCUUCCUCAGGCACCUGUCUGUCCUCGACCUCUGCCUCAUCUCUGUCACCCUUCCCAAAUUUGUCGUCUUCUCCCUGACCGAUCGUAGAUCCAUCUCUGCCCUGGGCUGUGUCGUCCAGGUCUUCCUGGUGGUCGUUUUGGCCACUUCAGAGCUGGUUGUCCUCACGGCGAUGUCCUGCGACCGCUAUGCCGCUAUCUGCCACCCCCUACGCCAUGAGGUCAUCAUGAGCAACACGGCAUGUGGAAAGAUGGCGGCUGCCUCCUGGCUCAGCGGAGUACUGUUUGGGGUUUUGUAUACAGCUUCAACAUUCUCCCUGCGCUUCUAUGGGUCCGACAUAGUUCAGCAGUUCUUCUGUGACGUCCCCUCCCUGCUGAAGAUCUCCUGCUCCAAGGACCACGUUGCUAUCAAUGUGAGCUUCACCGGCGGCGUAGCUUUAAGUGUUGUCUGCUUCGUCUCCAUCUUCGUGCGCAUCUUCCAGGCCGUGCUGAGGAUGCCGGCUACCGAGGGGCGGGCCAAAGCCUUCUCCACCUGUCUGCCCCACCUCGGCGUCCUCACCGUCUUCUUCUCUACGGCUGUCAUCUCUUACCUCAAGCCCGUUUCAGACUCCCCCUCGACCCUGGACCUGCUGGUGUCCGUGUUUUACACCGUGGUGCCCCCCACCCUGAACCCCCUCAUCUACAGCCUGAGGAACCGGGAUCUGAAGGCCGCCCUGGGCAGAGUUCUAAUAGGGAGAUUCCUACUCCCUCCUUUAAGGGAAAAAAUUUGUGUUUCCUUUUGCCAGUAUCAGCCGGUGGCUUUAUCUAAGGAGACGGGGGCCAUGUUUGGAAAGCACAUCUCAGUGUCCGCGGGAGAGCAGAGAAGGGCUGACAGCUCCUCGCUGUCCAUCCGUGGCCGCCGCAUCCAGCAGUCCGAGGAGAAAGGGGGCACCAACCCAACCCAGAGCGGUUGUAACCAUGACUGUGUACACAAGCAGAGAGAAAGCAUUUGCCUCUACGGCAGCACCCUGAUCCCCUCCAUCCACUGCCCAAACCCCGGCUACCCUGGCUGCCGGAAAUUCAUCUCCUUCUAUGGCUAUGGCCCGCAGUUUGGUCUGGUGGUUUUCUUUGGAGGUGCAGAAUAUUUUGUCCUCACGGUGAUGUCCUCUGACCGCUAUGCCGCCUCCUGUGCUCUGACGUCAUCACGAAAAAAACGGCCUAUCUCCUGCUCUGGGAACCACGUCGCCAUCUAUGUGAGCGUCACCAGUAGUGUAGCUUUGGGUGUCGUAUGCUUCGUCUCCAUCGUCGUCUCCUAUGUAUGCAUCUUCCGGGUCGUGCUGAGGAUGCAGGCCGCCGAGGGCCGGGCCAAAGCCUUCACCACCUGCUUGCUUCAUCUCGCUGCCGUCACCUUCUUCCUUUCUACGGCCUUCAUUUCCUACCUCAAGCCAGUGUCUGACUCCACCUCAGUCCUGGACCUCUGGUGUCCGUGUUCUUCGCCGUGGUGCUCCCUGCCCUGA